GUUCGGCCUUUCUCGAUUAUUCCAGUAUCAGCGUCGAAUGGUACAAAAGCGGUGCGCUGAAAAGCACUCGUAAAAAUCUUCUCUACUAACAAACUCGACACAUACUUGCUGCAAAUUACAACCAAUACACAUAGUAAAGAUGCCAGAACCAUCCGAUCAAGAUGUUGAAACGUUCGCGUUCCAGGCAGAAAUUGCCCAGUUGAUGAGCUUAAUCAUCAAUACCUUCUACUCCAACAAGGAAAUCUUCUUGAGAGAGUUGAUUUCCAAUUCCUCCGAUGCCUUGGACAAGAUCCGAUACGAGUCCCUAAGUGACCCAUCCAAACUCGAUGAAUGCAAGGACCUAAAGCUUGAGAUUGUCCCAGACAAGCAGAACAACACCCUUACAAUCCGUGACACCGGUAUAGGAAUGACCAAAGCCGAUCUUGUAAAUAACUUGGGUACCAUUGCCAAGUCUGGAACCAAGGCUUUCAUGGAAGCUCUACAGGCUGGCGCUGACAUAUCUAUGAUUGGUCAGUUUGGUGUGGGUUUCUACUCUGCCUACCUGGUCGCUGAAAAGGUUGUGGUGACAUCCAAACACAACGAUGAUGAGCAGUACAUCUGGGAAUCUGCUGCUGGUGGUUCAUUCACUAUCAAGAAGGAUAGUGAAAGUGAACCCCUUGGCCGUGGCACCAAGAUUGUCCUCCACAUGAAGGAAGACCAACAAGAAUACAUAGAGGAGAAGAAGGUGAAGGAGGUAGUGAAAAAGCACAGUCAGUUCAUCGGCUACCCCAUCAUCUUGAUGGUCGAGAAGGAGCGCGAUAAGGAGGUGUCUGAUGAUGAAGAAGAGGAAGAAGAGAAAAAGGAAGAAAAGAUGGAGGAUGAUAAGAAAGAAGAUGAUGAGGAGAAACCCAAGGUUGAAGAUAUUGGAGAAGAUGAAGAAGAGGAUGAAAGUGGUGACAAGAAAGAUAAGAAGAAGAAGAAGAAAAUCAAGGAAAAAUACAUCGAUGAGGAAGAAUUGAACAAAACCAAGCCCAUCUGGACAAGAAAUCCUGACGAUAUCUCACAGGAGGAAUAUGGCGAGUUCUACAAAUCAUUGACCAAUGAUUGGGAAGACCACUUAGGCGUCCGGCACUUCUCUGUGGAAGGUCAACUUGAGUUUAGAGCCCUGCUCUUCGUUCCAAAACGAGCUCCAUUCGACUUGUUCGAGAACAAAAAGAAGCGAAACAACAUCAAACUCUACGUACGUCGAGUUUUCAUCAUGGACAACUGUGAAGACCUUAUCCCAGAGUACCUCAACUUCAUCAAGGGUGUUGUGGACUCUGAAGAUCUCCCCCUGAACAUCAGCAGAGAAACGCUCCAGCAGAGCAAAAUUCUGAAGGUGAUCCGUAAGAACUUGGUGAAGAAAUCGUUGGAACUCUUCAUUGAAAUUGCAGAGGACAAGGACAACUAUAAGAAAUUCUAUGAACAAUUCUCAAAGAACUUGAAACUUGGCAUUCACGAGGACACUACCAACCGAAAGAAAAUUGCCGAUUUACUCCGAUACUACUCAUCUGCCAGUGGAGAUGAACUGACCUCACUGAAGGAAUACAAGGAAAGAAUGAAAGAAAACCAAAAGGACAUUUACUUCAUUACAGGCGAGAGCAGAGACCAGGUGAUGAAUUCGUCAUUUGUUGAACGAGUGCUUAAGGGUGGUUUCGAGGUUCUGUACAUGGUCGACCCAAUUGAUGAGUACGCUGUACAGCAGCUGAAAGAAUACGAAGGCAAGACUCUGGUGUCCGUCACCAAGGAAGGCCUGGAACUCCCUGAAGAUGAGGAGGAGAAGAAGAGACACGAGGAGGCCAAGGCUGCAUUUGAGAACCUGUGCAAGGUCAUGAAGGAAAUCCUUGACAAGAAGGUGGAGAAGGUUGUGGUGUCGAACCGAUUGGUCACCUCUCCAUGCUGUAUCGUCACAAGUCAGUACGGCUGGUCAGCCAACAUGGAGCGUAUCAUGAAGGCCCAGGCACUACGCGAUUCCUCCACCAUGGGAUACAUGGCUGCCAAGAAACAUCUGGAAGUAAACCCGGAACAUCAGAUCAUCAAGUCUCUGAAGGUCAAGGCCGAUGCGGACAAGAAUGAUAAAUCUGUAAAGGACCUUGUCAUGUUGUUGUACGAAACCUCCUUGCUUUCAUCUGGAUUCUCCCUUGAAGAUCCCCAGGUUCACGCAAGCCGCAUUCACAGGAUGAUCAAACUCGGUCUGGGUAUCGAGGACACUGAAGACGUCACAGCUGAUGCUGCCGCAAGUGUCGAUGAUAUGCCACCCCUAGAGGGCGAUGGUGAAGACAGCGAAGAGGUCUCCCGAAUGGAGGAGGUCGAUUAACUUGUGUUCUUUUGCAUUAGUUUCAGUUGUCAGUUAUAAUCUAAGAUCUAAUUGUAAUUGGUAUAAAUUCAUGUUCUAAAAACUGACAUCUUUAUACAGCCUGGUUAGAUGUUCGGUGGUUUACUUGUAGCCACUACCAAAAAAAUCGUAAAAAUUUUGUAAGUUUUUGUUGAACCCAUGUUGACUGUGAGCACUUUCAACAAAUUUGAAGUCUGCAAGUUGAGUGAAUAAUAAAACACUAAUGCACUGAUAGAGGUUGCUAUCUGCCACCAAUCAAGUCAACAAGAACCAAGGUAUUGUACAAAGAUAAGUGUCUGUAGCAAGACCGGCCUGUGUUCAAAUUCCUUAGUGCUAAUUGUCCCAUCUCUACUGGAUCAGAACAGCCUAACCUGGGUUGCUUUUGUUGCAUGUAGCUUUAAGAGCUUGUAACCUGUGCUUCGUGUAUUACUAUUUCUCUAGACUUGACUUUGUUUUUAGAGAAGGAUUAAAUCGAGUAACUUUAUUUCGGCCUAAUACAGUCGUUGUUGUCCCGAAAUAAACAUCAAUUUUGUAACAUUA